AUGGAUAGCCGGGUAGGGUUCACCAAGGCGUGGAAUCUCCUCAGGUUCCUGCUGGAUCCAGAGGAGACUAAAACAGCAUAUAGGCAAAAUGUCAACAAGAUAAUCAACGUCUACAAAGUGGCCGACUUCACGCAGCAACUCUCCAAGUUGCACUCCCGCCAUGCCGAGGAACUGCAACUGCUCGUCGAGGCAUUCCGGAAGCGGAACUCGGAAUUACGGAAGGAACGGCCUCCGUACCACAGUAGUCUCUUCAACUGUUGGGAAGUGCUUCUUCAGGAAGUGGAAGUAGACUCCCAGGUUCACGGUGACAUCUCACGCUGCCUAUCCCAGCACAUGGGCGUGAUGCUGCUGGAGAAGACCUUUCACCGAAAGGCGCAGUCGCGGAAGGUCUUCCUGCACCGGGAGAGCUUCGAGAACAUCCUCGUCAAGGCCGAAGAACUGCUCAACAAGUGCCAGGGCGAGUACGCCGAGGCGUACCGGACGCCGUCGCCGCUGAGUGCGUCCGAGGAGCAGGCGGCGCUGGCCGCCUACUACGACUGCCACAACGCGUACGUCCAGCAGCUGGCCGCCACCAACGGAAUGCUGGACGAGUACUACGGCUCCACGCUGCCCCGCCUGCUGGACGAGCUGCAGGACGUGUACUGCGACAUCAGCACCAUCAUCGCGCAGUCCAUGCUGGCCGCCUCGGAUGUCCUGGCAAACAAGGCCCGGGAGCAGGCGGACCACUACGAGGCAGUGGGAUCGUCGUGCCGCGCCGUGAAUGCGCGCAGCGACCUGGCUGGCUUCGUGCGGACGCUCUGCAGCACGGAUCCGCGCAACCCGACCGGAAGUGGCGUCAUCCCGGCCACGCCCCCUCGGCAUCCCUUCGUUCCACCCAGGGCCGACGAUGAAUCCGUAUCCUCAGGGGACUCUCAGUUGCAGCAGCCCACCCUCGGGGAGCAGGUGAUAGUGGACCGGCUGGCUUCGCUGUCGGUGUCUUCGCGUUCCGAGAGCCUACGGCAGGACGUGGCCCAGCUCGAGGUCCAGGUUCGACAGCAGCAGGACACACUCGACGCUCUGCUCAGGAUGCAGCAAAGAAGCUUGGAAUCAAGCCUUUACAACAAGGCCAAUGAACUUCAGGAGGACAUUAGUAUGAAAAGGUUUGAUCUCCAUGUGGCACAGAUUCACCUCGCAGCUGUCAAAGCCCAGUUCGCUCUGUUCCGGGGCAAGGAAGUAGAGGCGGACGCUGAGGAACGCAACUGCCGCGAACGCAAGGCGUCUACCGCGGUGCCGGCGGUCACCGGCACCAUCAAGAACAAGUGGCUCAAGGCAUUCCGAAGCCUCAAGACCAGCAGCGGGGCCUCGGACAAGCCUGAUGGGUCAGACCGGAAAGGAAGUCAUGCUGCUGGUGGCCCUGGUGGCGCAGGUGUGUCUUGGGACACGGGUCAGCACGUGUUCCAGGAGUACACGUACAAGAAGGUGACUGCGUGCGACGUGUGCCGCGAGAUUCUGCGCGGACACGUGCGCCAGGGGCUCAAGUGCAAGCUGUGCAAGUUCAACGUGCACGCGGAGUGCCAAGACAAGGCCAGUCGGUGCCAGCCCAAGCCCAGACUUCUUCGAAGACAGCGGUCAGCGUCCGAAAUUGAGACAAAGAUAAUCCCAGCUGAACCAGAGGAAGAAAGUCAUCCAAAAUCCCACCGUUCCCCGCAGAGACGCCCAGCGCGACGCCGGACUGCAGUGGACCCCAUCUACCAGCUGCUGAAGCAGGCGGGCGACCUGGGCGGAUCGUCCCGCCGGGAGCGCGGAGGAGGCGACACCCCCUCGGCGCUGUCCCGGCUCGUACCGGGCGCCGACCGGGACGGCGGAGGUAGCAGUAGCGUCUCGUCCAGCGCGGCGUCACUGCAACAGCGCCGGCCCCGCUCGAACGCAUCGUCCUCGGCCUCUUCCUCGUCCUCGCACAUGCUCUCCGUCUCCUCGCAUCAGCACCAUCCGUCGUCCUCUGCCCGUUGGAGACAGAUAGUAUCAGCACCUCACAGUCCCCAGCGCAAGAAGUUGUCUCUCCGAAUGAAGAGCCUCUCCCUGGACAGCCCUGAGUCGAACGAUCACGCUCAUCGUCGACGACAACUCACAGCUCCCCAGAGUCCGGUGCACGGUCGAAGGCAGCUCCUGAGCGCCAAGGCGGUGCGCAUGAGUUCGGUCGAUCUGCCCGACGACAACGAAAAGUCACUCAGCAGCGCCUCUACCUCGCCCUGCCCAUCCCCAAAACCCCAUCGCCUGCUACCUACCAACCUCUACGUAGUGCUGUACAACUUCAGGAGUCGACAUCAGGACGAGCUCGAUCUCAAGGCUGGUGAUACGGUGACUGUGAUCGACACCACAGACCCAGAUUGGUGGCAGGGCAAGUGCCUGGGCCGUGUGGGCUUUUUCCCGUCCAAGUACGUGGCCAAGCUCCAUCCGGGCGAACGGGCUCUGCAGGUGCUGCACUCAAUACAGGUCAUGGACGGGCAGGAACCCGUCAAGCUGCUGCGUGAUCAGAUCGUGAUCCAAGUGGCUGACGAGAUGGACGGCAAGGUGUUGGUGCGAACGGGACUCGGCGACAAGGCGCUGCCUUGCCCACUGAAGUACCUACAGGAAGUGUGAACCAUUUCCCUUCUGCCACACGCUUCCCCUCCACCGGAUAUAAUGGUGGCGGCAGCGCGGGAAGGAAGCGGGGACCUUCCGGGAAGCUACGCGAUUCACCAUCGGCGCCAACUUCCUUUUCUCCGUGCACUUCCUUCACGCAACCUCGGAAGCACCAUCUGCGGUCGUUCAAGCUCGGCGACACAGCAGGGGCAAAUCAUGACCGAACUGAUGGACGCAGUCGCCGUAGCCGAUCAGUGCGCACUUUGAAGGCAUCUUCUUCACUCUUCAGCUCUCUUUUGCUUCAUUUCCGGUUGUGUUUCAGUGCGACUUUCUUUCCCGUUUCCUGCAGCAUGGUGCGAGUGACCGUGAAAGCUUUGCUCGAAUAAGUCAUCAAGGGUUUUCGCGUGACCUUCGUCGGCUCGGGAGAAUGACUCUGUCCGCGUAAAGAUGUCCCAACGAUGAAAACGUUAGGCCUAAUGGUGUAGGCGUUAGGCCUAACCCCGAAGGUGUUAGGCUUAACGAGAGAAAAACUCGGAGAGUUUAUCGUGGCGCGACGCUGUUUUGAAGUUUGUGGUGGUUGUUGUCUGCUGAGAACGUGUAUACUUAUCCAACCAUUCUUUUCUACCUCAGUGUUUUUCUUCAGUAUCGCUGACUUCCCUGCAAUACUUCUACACCUUCCUUUUUCUCUGCAUUCGAGCGCGCAUUCCAGUCCUUUAAUUUAUUCUAGCGGUGAAAUCAGUUUACACGCGGCUCGCACUGUUGAAGUGACAUUUCUGCGAUUUCGGCACAAGCGAAAUCGGCAUCACAAAAAGCACCACA